GCAGCAUCUACUGAAACUAAAUGAUGUCGUCGUUGUUCCUUAAACUCACCGCUCUCAGCAGCCGCCGCAGCCGCAUCCUCCCAAGUUCAGUGUUCCACCCACGCUUCUUCUCCGGUUUUGCAGAGGAGGAGCAAAGUGUUAAUGUCCACUCUUCCAACACUGCCACAAACCCAUGCUUCAUUCACCCCACCGCAAUUGUUCAUCCCAAUGCUCUCAUCGGCCAGGGGGUUUCCAUUGGACCUUUUUGUACUGUGAGUCCCUCCGCGAAGUUGGGGAAUGGUUGUCAACUGCAUCCUGGAAGCCAUAUUUUUGGAAAUACAUAUAUAGGGGACAAUUGUAUGAUGAUGGCUGGUGCUAUUGUUGGUGAUGAUUAUCCUGGAUGUACCGUCAUUGGAAACAAUAACAUCAUCGGGCAUCAUGCUGUGAUUGGUGUCAAAUGUCAAGAUUUGAAAUACAAGCUAGAGGAUGAAUGUUUCCUGGAAAUUGGAGAUAAUAACGAUAUUCGGGAACAUACUUCAAUACACCGCUCUUCCAAGUCAACCGAUAAGACUGUUAUUGGUGAUUGCAAUUUGAUCAUGGGAUCUUGUCAUAUUGCUCAUGAUUGCAAGAUCGGUAACAACAACAUUUUAGCGAAUAAUACUCUUCUAGCUGGGCAUGUUGUGGUGGAAGACUAUGUUCACACUGCAGGAGCUACGGUUGUUCAUCAAUUCUGCCAUCUUGGCUCUUUCUCUUUUCUUGGUGGUGGUUCUGUGGUUUCACAAGAUGUCCCAAAGUACACGAUGGUAGCCGGAGAAAGAGCGGAGCUUCGGGGUCUAAAUUUAGUGGGCCUGACUCGACGUGGAUUCAGCACUGCAGAGAUCAGGAGCCUCAAAGCAGCCUAUCGGAAGAUAUUCAUGCGUGCUGAUGCAAAUGCUGGGUCAUUCGAGGACAGGCUUGCCGAAAUGGAGCAACACGAGGAAUUGACUUGUGUUCCUGCUGUACGAGCCAUGUUGCAGUCUAUUCGCAAUUCUUUUGUAGAAGAUCGUCGUGGAAUAUGCAAGUUUAGACACUGGAAUGGCUCUUAAAGCAUGCUUAGUUUUGCAGAAGCAGUUUCUGCUGAAAAAUACAAGUUCAUGUGUACUAGUGUAUACUAUAAUUGCUAGCCAGGAGCUCUAAGGAAGUUGCUUCAUUUUGAAGUGAUUCUCUUCUUUUAUUAUAGAAGAGUUUGUUGUACUAUUCAGAGCUUGUAGCAUUAAGAGAAUUUAUUUAUACUCUCAAAUUUUGUCUAGAUUACUUUACUUUGGUGUAAAUGGUUAUUUUUCUACUUUAAUAUUUUUUAGUCCCAACUUAUUGGGAUGCAAAGUGAGAAAGAAUUGUGAAUUCAUUACUGGUAUUUGUUUACAAGUAAAGUAU